AUGGAAAACCAUGAUUUCUCUCCAAAAUCCGGUUUUAUCGAAACCAAGGUUGCCAUAGUGGGGGCUGGGAUAAGCGGUAUUGCAGCAGCAAAACAGCUUAGGAACCUUAAACCUGUGGUUUUUGAAGUCUCUGAUUCAACAGGUGGUGUAUGGAAACAUUGCACCUUUCAUUCCACAAAGCUUCAAACUCCUCGUCUUGAUUUCCAGUUUUCUGAUUACCCAUGGCCAAAGAGCGUCACCUCUCUCUUCCCUUCUCAUUCUGAGUUCUUGGACUAUCUUGAUGGCUAUGCCCGCCAUUUUGAUGUCCUCAAAUUCAUCAAAUUCAAUUCGAAGGUGGUUCAUAUCCGGUUCUCUGGCGACUGCAAAAGCACUGAAUUUAUUUCGAAUCAGUGGGGUGAGAAGGGACGGCCAAUCUUCAGCCGUCCAAUUUGGGAACUCGCCGUGAAGACCAACGAUUCCGAUGAUCUCCAGUGGUAUCGGGCCGAGUUCGUGGUGAUGUGCACCGGUAAAUACGGCAACAUCCCAAGAAUCCCAGUUUUCCCACAUGGAAAAGGGCCGGAAAAAUUCAACGGCAAGGUCAUGCAUACACUCGACUACUCAAAAUUAGACAAGGAAUCUGCUCAUCAACUUCUCAAAGGAAAGAAGGUGGUGGUGGUUGGGUAUAAAAAGUCCGCUAUUGAUUUAGCUACAGAGUGUGCAGAAGCCAAUCAAGGUCCUGAUGGGAAGCCGUGCACUGUGGUGAUAAGAACCUUGCACUGGAUAGUGCCUCCCACCGAUUACAUCUGGGGGGUGCCCUUCCAUCUUCUCUAUGGUGCAAGAUCAGCACAAUUUCUCCAUGAGAAACCAUCCCAAACCUUUUUUAGAGAGGUCCUUUGCCGUCUAUUUGCUCCUGUGAGAAAAGCUGUUUCCAAGUUUGUGGAGGCUUACUUGAUAUGGAACCUCCCCAUAAAAAAGUAUGGGUUGGUUCCGGACCACCCCUUCGAGGAAGAUUACGCGUCAUGUCAGAUGGCUUUGGUGCCUGAAAACUUCUUUCCAGCAGCUGAUGACGGCCGGAUUAUUUUCCGGCGGGCGGAAAAAUGGUGGUUUUGGAGUGAGGGGAUAGAGUUGGACGACAGAAGCAAGGUGGAGGCUGAUAUUGUGAUGCUUGCCACUGGUUUUGAGGGAAGUAAGAAGCUUAAAUCACUUUUUCCACAGCCACUAACUGGAAUGCUAGAACACCCAUCGGGCGUUAUGCCAUUAUACAGAGGCACAAUCCAUCCUCUAAUUCCAAAUAUGGCAUUUGUGGGGUAUAUCCAAGGUGUCUCCGGUGUCCAUGCUGCUGAGCUGCGCUGCAAGUGGCUUGCGCACCUUAUCGAGGGCGGCUUUGUGCUUCCUAGUGUGGAAGAGAUGAUGGAGCACACUAACAAAGAGAUAAAGGUUAUGACGAAGAGCACAAGGUUUUACAAGAGACAGUGCACUUCCACCUUUGAUAUCAGCCAAUAUGAUGAAAUAUGUGAGGACAUGGGUUGGAAGGCUUGGAGGAAGAAGAACUGGGUUUCGGAGGCUUUUUCUGCAUACACAAAUCUUGACUAUGGAGAUGAGAAUUAGGAAAGCUUUAGGUUACUAAACCACUAAGUAAAAUAUUAGUUAGUGUCGAAGCUUAGUUUAGUAUACGGUCAGCAAUAUAAAUAUGUGAUCCCAUGAAUUUCCAUGUAGAAUUUGUUUCUGCCCAGUUAUUUCCAUCAUGUAGAAGCUAGAAGACUUGGGAUCUUUUUAGGGUUGAACUGCAUUGACUUCA